GUGUACUGUUUUAACUGUUGUAGCUUAGUUGUCAGUACUGAAACAAAGUGCGCGGAGAAAGUACUACCUAUACCUAUCAUUGUCGGUACAACUGGUGACCGAUGUAAUUGAGGAUAUAGAUACGUGUAUACAGUGUAUUAAAUAGUGAAACGGAUUAUCAACUCGUCUUUUUCACACUCUGGAGGAAUUUCACUCUGGUUGUUCAACUUAAUAAUAAAAGAAAUAAAAUUUAGAAUAUGCGCCAACGAGGAUACGACUGGUGAUAUGGGAAAUAAUGGUAGCCAAAAUGUCACAAUAACUGAACCACAUUCGUUAGAUAAAUUGGUUCAUUCAUAUCCCAGGACACAGCCAUUGCAUUCAAAACAACAUUAUCAACAUAAAGUUUUACCGGAAAGAGACGCGCGUUUGAAACUCAGACCAACCGGUAAUGGAGAAAUUAUUCAAUCUGGUGGUACCAUCAGUGGAAGACAGUUUAGACUGACACGAGAGUUAAAGGACACUCUAAAUAGAAAUGUUUCGGAAAAUUGUAAAAGGUAUAGUUCUGAUGAAGAAAAAGACUGUUCACGAGAGAAAGAAAAUUCUCGAAAAACUGCUCGUCAUGGACAAAAAUUAUCUAAUAAUCAAUCUAGUCAACAGGGAAAUAUCACCAAAAAUUAUGAAGAUUGUAGUUCUAGCGAUGUAAAAGAUCUUUCUCGAAAAGUUUUCCUUCAUAGGGUCAAGCAAAAACAAUCUAAUAAUCUAUCUAGUCAGCAGAUUAAAUAUUUUGCUUCGGAACCUGAUUUAAGAUAUGCCUGUAAAAAUGUAAAUAACGAUUGUCAAGAUAGAAGAUUGAGAAAAAAGUACAAAGCACCUUCACCACCUAAACCCUCAAAGGGAAGUGACAAUUCACAAUCAAUUACAGAGAAUCUCCUUAAUCCUGGACUUCCGAUUAGAAAAGCUCGUUUGUUUAAAACUAGAGCCGAAACUAAAAAACAAUCUAGUCAGUUAAACGAAACUACUGAUGAUUAUCUAAAUAAUAAUCAUAAUACUGAUAACAUCACUAACAACGAUAAAGUGAGGGACAAGUUGAAAACGUUGAAUUUACCAGAGACAAAACUGAACUCAAAAGAAUUUGUCAAGGAACUAAAGGACGCAACUAGAAGAUUAAGACAUGUAGAGCUAGAAAAAGAAGAAUUAAAUAAUACAAGAACUAAGUUGAAUACUUUGGACCCUAAUGUACCUAUCAGUAAAGAUUUAACAAAGAAAUUGUUGUUAACAAUAGAAAAUCAUUCCAAUUCUAAAAACUCCUUUCCGCAAUGCAGUCGAGGUGAAGCUUCUGGUAAAGAAUCGACUACCCCAGAUAUGUCUCCAUCUCCCACUUCCAGAGGUAUAGCUGCAAAAGAUUGUUCAAAACAACUGUUUUAUUUCGGUAUGAACAAAAAUGUUACUAACGAAAAUCAACCCAAUAAUGGAAUGUACCAAAAUUUCACCAGCAAGAGUAACGAGGACAAUUCAUCUGAAUCAGAUUUAUCCAGCGACAUUGACUCUGAUGAAAAUGAUACUUUCAGAUCAGGAAUAGACCUUCAGUUACGUCCAAUACUGCCUAAAAAACAAUUGGAGAUUCCUAGAUUUUCCCCAUCAGCUGCCUGGAGACUUUUAUCAAUAAAUAAUGACAAUACAAAUGGUACUAUGAUAAGCGAUGAUGUACCGGUACUAUUGGAAGAUCACAUUGAAAAAUUUGCUAGACCGCCACCUCCUCUAGUAAAUGCCGGGCAAAGGUCUAGUAAUGAUAAAUCGGGAGAUUCGGGAAUAUCUGGAGACGCUCCAGACGCCGCAAAUCCAAUUUCUUACUGUUUUGACGAUAUCACAUCAGCUAAUGAUACAAAUAGGAUUAUAAACACAAAAAAGAUGUCAAUGAAAUAUUUGAACAAACCUGAAAGAGUAUCUUGGACUCCACAACAAGACUUAGGAGAUGAUACGAGCACUGAAGAAGAUGGAGUUAACGACAAAACGUUUCCUCAAAAAUCGAGAGCUUACUUAGGACCGCACACUUUCAGUUUAUCUCUUCCUAGAGAUAAUCGUUUGGCUGCUUAUAUGAUAGAAAAAAAUAGCGCACCCCAGUACAGUGGUAUGCAAAAAUUUAAAAAAUCAUUAUCAGGAGUAUUAGGCAGAAAAGUACUUUCCGAUUCAAGUUUUGCAGAAGAAAACAAUGCAAACUGGUUUUUUAGUAAAUCAGCUCCGAAUUCAUUAACACACACCUUUCAUUCGUUGGAAAGAUGUAGAAUGCAAGAUGCAGAAGACCUGCUUUAUCCCACAAAUGUGAAUGCAUCUUCUAGAUUGAUAUAUUUACCUGAAAUAGAUUUAGGAAACGAAAAACCUCGUAAUUUCAAUAACAAAUACUCAGUAUAUUCAAAAUCUUGUGACGAUAUUUCUUUAGAAGUUCAUAAUUAUUAUCCAGAGCCGCUCCAAGACCCGGCUCGUACUGAUGAAUCUUCGUGGAAAUUAGAAAAAAAACCAAAAAAAUAUACAUUCCAAAGCACUAUAAGGCAGAUUGAAAAGAAACGAUUAUCAGAUAAGUUAUCUAGAGAAGCAGAAAAAAGAGAAAGAAAACGACUUAGAGAAUUGGAAGCCAUGCAGAAAGUAGAGGAAGAAUUUCAGAAAAAAAGAGCAAGGGAAAAAGCAGACAUUAGAAAACAAUUGCGAUUAUUUUCAUUAGAUGAAAAUUCUGGUCGGCACAGUAUACCGCAUAAUUUUGAAAUUGACAAUAAAGAGCGUAGAUCUGAACCUGACGGUGCAUUCUCUUCGGUUUCAUCAUCAUCAAGCUCACCAAAACACAACGGUAGAACAAUAGAACACUCAAAAAUGUCUAAAUUCGAAAAUAAACCAUCAUCAGCAUUCACCAGAGAAUUAUCUGAAUAUAGACAACCACAACGAAAUUAUAAAGACUAUAAUAGUAAUAUAAAAUUUACUUCUGAUAAAGGAUAUAGUAGACAAACAACUAUUUAUCCUCAAGUUAAAUGUAAUAUGCCCAAAGCCAAAGGUCCUAAAACAAAAGAAGAUCAUAACUACAGAAAAGAAUUUGCAGCCGGAAUACGCAUACUGACUACAACCAGCACUCAUUCUGAAGAUUCACAAAAUUAUUCCACCAAAAGAAACAAGCUAACCGGAUCUAGGCGUAGUUACAAUAGACACCUAGUGUCUAGUUAAUUAUUGCAAAUGGAUAUAUUUGUCAAAUAAUCCAGGCAUUAUAGGGGGUUGACCUCGGAAAAUCGACACACCCAGUAUAUGACAACAUGAAAAUUUGGAUUUUGGCAUUCUUAAGGUAUUAUCAAAAUUCACGUAUAAUUCGAUGGUCGCAAGUUUCAAAGU